AUGCCCCUCGCUUUGCUGGCAGCGGCGCUGGCUCCGGCUGGUGCUUGCCGGGCCGCUGGCCUGCGGGAAGGGUUUUCCUUCCCUUUUCAGAGCCAACCCGAGCCGGUGGAUGAGAAGGCGGCGGAUGCUGCAGCCCAGACCCCAAGGCGGUUGGAUCCCCGCUGUAAGAUGGUGGACGUGGAGAAGGACCUGGUGGACUGGCAGAAGCCCUUGCUGUGGCAGGUGGGCUACCUGGGGGAGAAUGCUGCCUGUGCAGAUAAGGUCCCUCCUGCCUUGUUCUGGUGGGUGAAGCAGCUUUGUAAGGACAGGGCUGUCCCUGGAGUGCGUGUCCAAGCCCCCACUGGCAUCUGGGACGCAGAGGACCCCCCCUUGCCAGCUCCUUGCGGCAAGUACUCCAUCCCCGUCCACAAAUACUACUUCCCCUUCAUCUUCCUCCUGGGGAUGUUCCUGUGGUCCCUGCUAGAGUACCUCAUCCAUCGCUUUGUCUUCCACAUGAAGCCACCCGCUAGUAACUACUAUCUCAUCACCCUGCAUUUCUUGCUGCAUGGGCAGCAUCACAAGUCUCCCUUCGACAGCUCCCGCCUGGUCUUCCCUCCCGUGCCGGCCUCGCUGGUGAUCGGCUUCUUCUAUGGCGUCCUGCAGCUCCUGCUGCCGGAGGUGCUGGGGCUCUCGGUGUUCGUCGGGGGGCUCUGCGGCUUCGGCAUCAGCACCCGCUUCUGGGAUCACCCCUUCCGGACACUCAUCCCCGAGGAGACCUUCGAGAAAGAGGACUGA